AUGUGGGGCUUCAAUGGCACUCCUUUCCAGCCAGCUACACUCCAGCUGACAGGCAUUCCUGGGAUGCAGACAGGCCAAGCCUGGGUUGCCCUGAUUUUCUGCAUCCUCUACCUGAUCUCCAUCGCAGGCAACCUCAGCAUCCUGGCUCUGGUGGUUCAGGAACCCGCUCUGCACCAGCCCAUGUACUACUUCCUCUCUAUGCUCUCCCUCAAUGACCUGGGAGUGUCCCUCUCUACACUACCCACCGUGCUUGCCACCUUCUGCUUCAGUUACAGACAUGUUGGCUUCGAUGCCUGCCUGGUCCAGAUGUUCUUCAUCCACACUUUCUCUUUCAUGGAAUCAGGAAUUCUUCUGGCCAUGAGCUUUGAUCGUUUUGUGGCUAUCUGUGAUCCGCUACACUACGCCACAGUGCUCACCAACAGCCGUAUCUUGGCCAUGGGCCUGGGAAUCCUGGCCAAGAGCUUCACUACUCUCUUCCCUUUUCCCUUUCUGGUGAAACGACUUCCUUUCUGCAAAGGUAAUGUCUUGCAUCACUCAUACUGCCUCCACCCAGAUCUCAUGAAAGUGGCAUGUGGGGACAUCCGUGUUAACAACAUCUAUGGGCUUUUUGUGGUCAUUUUCACCUAUGGAAUAGAUUCAACCUUCAUCUUGCUCUCCUAUGUGUUGAUCCUGAGAUCCGUGUUGGCCAUAGCAUCCCGGGAGCAGAGGCUCAAGGCACUCAACACCUGCAUGUCACACAUCUGUGCAGUGCUGGCCUUUUAUGUGCCUAUCAUUGCUGUGUCCAUGAUCCACCGCUUCUGGAAAAGAGCUCCGCCUGUCGUCCAUGUCAUGAUGUCCAAUGUAUACCUAUUUGUACCUCCCAUGCUCAACCCCAUCAUAUACAGCGUGAAGACCAAGGAGAUUCGCAAGGGGAUCCUAAAAGUCUUCCAGAAAUCCCGGAGCUGA